AUGGCCGACAGCAUCCCCUUCUUUGGCGCCGACGUGCGCAGCGAGGUAAAGAAGCCCAAGAAGCGCAAGGUGCUGCUCAUGGGCAAGAGCGGCUCCGGCAAGUCGUCGAUGCGCUCCAUCAUCUUCAGCAGCUACCUGGCCCGCGACACGCGGCGCCUGGGCGCCACCAUCGACAUUGACCUCUCGCAGGUCAAGUUCCUGGGCAACCUGACGCUGAACCUCUGGGACUGCGGCGGCCAGGAGGCGUUUACGGAGAACUACCUGUCGCAGCAGCGGCAGCACGUGUUCAGCAACGUCGGCGUGCUCAUCUACGUCUUUGACAUUGAGUCGCGCGACGUCGAGCGGGACCUGGCCACGUACGUGUCGGUGAUUUCGGCGCUGACGCAGUACUCGUCGGGCGCCAAGGUGUUUGUGCUGAUCCACAAGAUGGACCUUAUUGUGGCGGCGUCGCGCGAGGCCGUCUUCGAGGAGCGCGUGCGCCUGGUGCGGCAGAAGACGGCCGAGUACCUGCAGAACGUGCGAGACAAUGCGCGCGGCGAGGUCCUGUCAGACGGGGGCAGUGCUGUGGAGGGUGGUGGCGGCGGUGAUGCAUCCAUGGGAGGCGAAUACGACGACCUGCCCGACCUCGAGCUGACGCCGUUUGCCACGAGCAUCUGGGACCAGUCGCUCUACAAGGCGUGGGCCAGCAUCAUCCACGACCUGGUGCCCAACCUGGCCUUGAUCGAGACGAACCUGGGCCACCUGGGCCGGCUGCUCGAGGCCGAGGAGAUGCUGCUGUUUGAGCGCACCUCCUUCUUGGUCGUCUCGCACUGGACCUCGGCCGAGGGCGCGUCCAACCCCUGCGAGGACCGCUUCGAGCGCAUGAGCAACAUCCUCAAGAGCUUCAAGAGCUCGCUGGCGCGCUACACGGGCACGCCGCGCAACGCCGAGCAGUUCAAGCUCUUUGAGCUGCGCUUCGGUGUGCGCUUCAAUCUGUUCAUCGGCAAGUUCACCACCAACACCUACAUCUUGGUGGUGUUGCCACCAGGCGAAGCACGCUUCAAUGCGGCCCUGCUCAAUACGCAGAUCGCGGCAAAGCAAUUCGAGUUCUUGGACGUGCCAGUGGGUGUGACGACAAACAAGGAGCAGCAGCAGCAGCAGCAGCAAAGCCAACCAAAUCAACCGGGCCAACAGCAGCAACAGCAGCAACAACAACAGCAAUACGGUGGAAAUGGAUCGUCAGCCGUGUAUGCGUGA